AUGAUUGUUCCAGUUAGAUGUUUUUCAUGUGGGAAAGUUGUUGGUGAUAAGUGGGAAAGUUAUUUGAAUAUGUUACAAGAAGAUGAGUUAGACGAAGGUACUGCUUUAUCUAGAUUGGGUUUGAAGAGAUAUUGUUGUAGAAGGAUGAUAUUAACACAUGUUGAUUUAAUAGAAAAGUUCUUAAGAUAUAAUCCAUUAGAAAAGAGAGAUUAA